AUGUCUGGCAGGCUGUGGGGCAACACCAUUUUUGCUGGCUGUAAGCAGGGUCUACAGAACCAGAGGGAGUACACAGCUCGCCUGAAAAUUGAAGGCGCAUGUGCUCGAGAUGAAACUGAAUUCUGUCAAGGCAAGGGAUGUGCUUAUGUGCACAAAGCAAGGAACAACACAGUAACUCCUGGUGGAAAACCUAACAAGACCAGAAUACUGGAGUGGGGAAACCCAACCAUAACUUGCGCUCGUGGAAACAGAGGUAUGGUUUGUGCCAGAUUAUGA